AUGUGCCGCUCAGCCCCCGCCCACGCUUGCCACUACAACAUGAACAAGCCCGAGCAGCAGGAAUUGGUCAACCGUCAGGGACAGGGAGCCUUGGUAGACUUUGCCAAUCUUGUAUCUUAUAUACAAGAGGGUGGCGGUCCGGUUGCCGGUUGGUGCGGAUGA